AUGGACAUCACCGCGUAUUUCUGCAAGCUGCUCACCGUGCGGCAUUGCCACAUGAACGGCCGUUCCCGAUUUCUGCUCAACUCAUCUGUUGUACGGCUGAAUAUCUGCGUGAGCGAGCUCAGCGUUGGUGCCACCCCCCUUCCACACGCGCCAUAG